GGAUGACUGACAAAAUUGAUUGCUGCAUGGGCCUAGCUAAAACGGUCAGAGUCAGUAUGGUGCCACGGAUGGAUGUCUUCCAAGGGGGGGACAGAAGCUAUAAGAGAAUCACCAUGCAUAUAACUGUGCACAUAUGGGACACUGCUCUUCUCUGUUUUGCUCUCUACAUUGUGGCUUGUGUUAGUCGUGUAUCUGGAUUCACAUAUGGGGUCUGUGAAUUACAUGACCCUGAGCAGUGUGGAGGACGUACCAAAUUUUUCUGCUACAAAAGAAGUCUUGAGCAUGUGCCACCAAAAUUCCCACAUAACGUAACUGAUAUAGACAUUUCUCACAAUAAAAUAAAAGGGAUAAAGAGUGAGGACUUCCAAAAUCUUACACAUUUAGAAACCUUAAACAUCUCCUACAACUCAAUCUCUUAUGUGGAGAAAGGAGCUUUCAGAGACUUGAUUCCCUUAACAGAAUUGGGCCUAAGCAGUAACCGUUUGAGCAUAAUCACAAAAGAAUUCUUCCAAGGCCUGACCAAUCUAAAAGUGCUCCUCCUUGACAAGAACAAUAUUUCGACCACUGAAAAUUCAUCAUUUUCUGUCUUCCACCACUUAGAAUGUGUGAAACUUUCUGAGAAUAAGCUAACAGACAUGGAACUAAUGCAACCCAUUUUCAGAAUACAAACAUUGAAUGAAAUACAUAUUGCCUCCAACAACAUCUCAAAUUUUCAGUCGAUUAAUGUUUCAAAUUCAUCCCUCAGACUUCAAAUACUGAAUUUAGCUCACAAUCCUCUAAACAUUUUUAGGAUUAGUGAAGAUAUUUUACCCUAUCUCCAGGCAAUCAAUCUGUCAUACUGUUUUUCAAAUAGAAAUUCAGAAUGGGAAGUGCUGAAUACAAGUUUCUUCAGGAAUGUAAAGAGGCUUGAAAUGGCUGGUGUUAAUGUCUCAUUCCACAGGUGGAAUUGGCUCGAUUGGCAAUUUCUUCAUUCCAUCAUGAUGACCCAAGAACUCAGUAAGACCCUUAAAUGUGAAAUCCUCCAGUCCCGUGGAGUCAACCCAUCAGCGCAAACCCUCAGUGAAGCCUCGCUGCGGGCAUUUGCCUAUAUGUCAAGGGAGCUCGGUCGGGUAUGGCUCGGGUAUGGUCAGGUAUGGCUCGCCCAGUCUCCACUGUCAGAGUCCAGCAGGAGAGUCCUCCGUUCUCUGCCGGUUGUGCCGGGACAGCUGUUCGGACCUGCGGCACAGCAGGCCCUGGAACACAGUUUGCGGGCGACACAGUUGCGGGUAUCCUCUGCGGUGUCCAGCUUCUGCGUGAGCGUCCACGGACAUUGA